AGGCGGCGUUACCGCCUUGUUGCGCCUUGGAAAUUUGAAUUAUACGACCCCCGCCCUCCCCAGUUGCCUGGGUUGUCGUUGGUUUGUUUCCGGAAACAGGGCCUCGGGAAGGUGGAACUUAAGGCUGGGGAGCCAAUGGUACAGGUUGUCAAUUGGCCAGCGAAUGGAAUUGACGUUUUCACUAACUAAUGGGAAAUAGCGGCUGCCGAAGGGGCCCGCCUACAGAAGGGAAAGAAGGGAAGUGGCGGCCAAGGCAAUCGCGACUGGAAGGUGCUCGGGCCCCAGGACCAGUGGUACCCAGACUUACCUUUGACCUUUUCCUGCCCACUUCCCGCCUUGGCUUGUGAAUCUUGCCUCCUCUAAGUUUUUCUGAUCCAGCGAAUUAGACCUGGACCCAAACCAUGUUCCCGGUAAAGGUAAAAGUGGAGAAAUCAGAGAUGGAGAUGGCCAAAGCCCGGAACCAGCUGGAUGCCGUUCUUCAGUGUCUACUGGAGAAGAGUCACAUGGACAGGGGACGUCUGGAUGAAGACGCUGGGAAAACGCCCUCGGAUACACACAACAAGGAUUGCUCCAUCGCUGCCACUGGCAAAAGGCCAUCUGCCCGCUUCCCCCACCAGCGGAGGAAGAAGAGGAGGGAGAUGGACGAUGGGCUGGCUGAGGGGGGUCCUCAGAGAUCCAACACAUAUGUGAUCAAGCUGUUUGACCGGAGUGUGGAUUUGGCCCAGUUCAGUGAGAGCACACCAUUGUACCCCAUCUGCCGUGCCUGGAUGCGCAACAGUCCCUCAGUGCGAGAGCGUGAGCGGUCACCCAGCUCACCACUGCCCCCUCUGCCUGAGGAUGAGGAGGGUUCAGAGGUCAUCAACAGCAAAAGUCGUGAUGUGUACAAGCUGCCUCCACCCACAGCCCCUGGACCACUUGGAGAUGCCUGCAGAUCCCGCAUUCCAUCCCCACUGCAGCCUGAGACCCAGGGUACCCCUGACGAUGAACCCUGCGAGCCUGAACCUUCUCCUUCCACACUCAUCUAUCGCAACAUGCAACGCUGGAAACGCAUCCGCCAGAGAUGGAAGGAGGCAUCUCAUCGGAACCAGCUUCGUUACUCAGAAAGUAUGAAGAUUCUGCGGGAGAUGUAUGAUCGACAGUGAUGUUCCCAGUUCCCCCACCCCAAUAAACCUGCCCCCAACCCACA